AAGGAAGCAAAUGUUCUUUUUUUUCACAGCCAUCUGACAAUCUGCCUUCAUGUCCAUCAAACGUCCAACAUAUGUCUACACACGGUGAUCAUGGAACAGGACCAUCAUUCAUCUGCGUCUCGCGAACUUUUGAUUCUCUACGCUACGGAAACAGGUACAGCUCAAGAGACUGCCGAUCGCAUUGCGAGGGAAUGUCGAAAAGUCUGUUUUCACUGUCGUGUGCAGAGCAUGGAUGUGUAUCCACCAGAAACAUUGAUUUCGGAACACUUGGUCAUAUUCGUGGUUUCGACUACUGGCUGGGGAGCUGAACCCAGAGCCAUGACUUCGUUAUGGAACAUGCUGCUGAGGUCUGAUCUCCCAAGCGACCUAUUCGAGGACAUGGAUUUCUGUGUAUUCGGCCUUGGAGACACGGCCUACGAGAAAUUCUGUUGGCCGGCGAAGAAGCUAUCGAGAAGGAUGCAAAGUUUGGGAGGUUAUGAGAUUUGCCCACGAGGCGAAGGAGACGAACAACAUCGCAUGGGGGUAGAUGGUGCUUUGGAUCCUUGGAUCGAAGGUCUCCUAGAUGUCCUCACACGGCUCUACCCACUACCGCACGAGCAAGAUAAUAUUCCUGCUGGUCUACCACCACCUCGCGUAUCCUUGAGCAAUGUGACAUCCGAUAGCUCCCUGAAUCCAGAUCCUCUAGAUGAGGACAUGAAAUUUCAUACAGCUUCGGUGAAAUGCAACAGACGGAUCACUGCGGAAGAUUGGUUUCAGGACGUACGCCAUUUUGAGUUCUCCUUUGAAGACGAUAUACAGUAUAAUCCUGGAGAUGUUGCUGUGAUUCAUCCAUCUGCGGCUGCAUCAGAAGUCGACUCUUUCCUUGUCACCAUGGGCUGGGCAAAUGAUGCCGAUGACUUUUUCACAGUAGAACAUACAAUGUUAGAUCAAACGUUGCCCGACCAUCUACCGAAAAUCAUUUCCCUCCGAAUCCUAUUCACCCGCUAUCUCGAUUUCAAUGCUGUGCCCCGCCGCUCUUUUUUCCAACUGCUGCGAUAUUUUGCUACUGAUGAGCUCGAACGCGAAAAACUCGAUGAAUUCGUAUCGAUAGAAGGAGCGGACGAAAUGUAUGAUUAUUGUCAACGCGUCAAACGCACGAUCUGGGAAGUAUUGUCCGAGUUCCUGUCCGCAAGGAUACCGAGAGGGUAUGUCUUUGACUUGUUCCCUCCAUUGAGACCAAGAGAGUUUUCAAUUGCUAGUUCGAUCAAGCUCCAUCCCCAUGAAAUACAUCUCUGUGUCGCUAUAGUGCGCUAUCGCACGAAGUUGAAAGUUCCUCGGAAAGGCGUAUGUACUAGUUAUCUUUCAGGGCUUAAUUCAGGAGAUACCCUUUGUAUCGGUCUCAGAAAGGGCUUCAUUUCCCUUCCUACGGAUCUAAACAUUCCAGUGGUAUGUGUGGGUCCAGGAACAGGCGUUGCACCUAUGCGUGGCGUUAUCGAACAACGCAUACACGAGGGAUACACCAGUAUGUUUGGCUGCUGGCAUACGCCACUCGAGCAUCCAUGGGUAGGCUGGUCACGAUCUAGGGCUUUACAUCAUGUAAACUACCACUCGCCGGAUCAUUUCCCUCUGGCGCUUCAGCGCUUCAGCUUCGUCAAUACCGUAAACCUCUUCGGUUCUUUUCAACUUUUCGAGAACUGCAAGUUCAGUGGCAAUGUCGUCGCACGAGAUACUUUCUGGACUUGCAAGAAGGUCAUAUCUGCAUCGCAAUUCAUGUCGGUCGGGAGAAAGGUGCCCAUGCGAAGGAUACCCCAAGAUCAUGUGCGAUCUCGACAGCCUGUGCCCUACAAUUGAAAGAUUAUCACAACAAAGACCUUGAGCGACCACCGGCACCAUCCUACUUUAGUAAGCCGAGGGUUGGUUUUCGCGCUCUAUUGAAUUCAAACCCAUCUGUGUUAUCAUAUCUCGUGAGUCUCGAUGCCUAGGAGUUUGUCACAGACUUUUAAAACUAGGUUUGAGUUUGGAUCAAAAGCGGAUUCUCGGGGUAAUAGUCUACGUGGUUGGGCACAA